UUAAUGCUGUAAAAUGAAAUUAUGUUUACAGGAAUACGGAAACAUGACAAUGGCCAUUCGAGGUCGUCUGCAAUUAACACUUGCACUUUUAAAGCCAGAUGUUUCUCAAGUGCCUCAUGUCCUGCAGGCCAUACAUAACAGGAUUAUUCAAGAAGAUUUCCUGGUUGUGCGGCAUAAGAAGAUUUGGUUAUCUGAAAAAGAAACACAAAAGUUUUAUGAAGAACACAAAGAAAAGUUUUUUUACAAUAGACUUGUAACAUUUAUGGCAAGUGGUCCCAUCAGUGCUCUCAUAUUAGCCCAUGAAGAUGCUAUCAAUCGGUGGAGGUCGGUGAUGGGGCCUACUAAAGUCUACAAGACCAAGUAUGAGGCGCCGGAUACUAUCAGGGGGAUGUACGGCCUCACUGAUACUCGCAACUCCACCCAUGGCUCAG